CUGCAGGGUGGGGGUGGUGGCCAGGCAGUGUCUGGCAGCAGGGGCACCAUGGCCACCAUCCAGUCGGAGACUGACUGUUACGACAUCAUCGAGGUGCUGGGCAAGGGCACCUUCGGGGAGGUGGCCAAGGGCUGGCGGCGAAGCACGGGCGAGAUGGUGGCCAUCAAGAUCCUCAAGAAUGACGCCUACCGCAACCGCAUUAUCAAGAACGAGCUGAAGCUGCUGCGCUGCAUGAGGGGCCUGGACCCCGAGGAGGCCCACGUCAUCCGCUUCCUCGAGUUCUUCCACGACGCCCUCAAGUUCUACCUGGUUUUUGAGCUGCUGGAGCAAAACCUUUUCGAAUUCCAGAAGGAGAACAACUUCGCGCCCCUCCCCGCCCGCCACAUCCGCACGGUCACCCUGCAGGUGCUCAGGGCCCUGGCCAGGCUCAAGGAGCUGGCGAUCAUCCAUGCCGACCUCAAGCCCGAGAACAUCAUGCUGGUGGACCAGACCCGCUGCCCCUUCAGGGUCAAGGUGAUCGACUUCGGCUCAGCCAGCAUUUUCAGCGAGGUGCGCUACGUGAAGGAGCCGUACAUCCAGUCGCGCUUCUACCGGGCACCCGAGAUCCUGCUGGGGCUGCCCUUCUGCGAGAAGGUGGACGUGUGGUCCCUGGGCUGUGUCAUGGCCGAGCUGCACCUGGGCUGGCCCCUCUACCCAGGCAACAACGAGUACGACCAGGUGCGCUACAUCUGCGAGACCCAGGGCCUGCCCAAGCCCCACCUGCUGCACGCCGCCCGCAAGGCCCACCACUUCUUCAAGCGCAACCCCCACCCUGACGCCACCAACCCCUGGCAGCUCAAGUCCUCGGCCGACUACCUGGCCGAGACCAAGGUGCGGCCCCUGGAGCGUCGCAAGUACAUGCUCAAGUCUCUGGACCAGAUUGAGACGGUGAAUGGCAGCGGGGCAGCCAGUCGGCUGAACUUCCCAGACCGCGAGGCGCUGGCCGAGCACGCCGACCUCAAGAGCAUGGUGGAGCUGAUCAAGCGCAUGCUGACAUGGGAGUCGCACGAGCGCAUCAGCCCAAGCGCGGCCCUGCGCCACCCCUUCGUGUCCAUGCAGCAGUUGCGCAGCGCCCACGAGACCACCCGCUACUACCAGCUCUCGCUGCGCGGCUGCCGCCUCUCGCUGCAGGUGGAGGGCAAGCCCCCCACGCCCAUCGUGGCUGCUGCAGAAGAUGGGCCCCCCUACUACCGGCUGGCCGAGGAGGAGGAGGCCGUGGGCAUGGGCAGUGUGGCGGGCAGCGGGUCCUUCUUCCGCGAGGAGAAGGCCCCGGGCGUGCAAAGGGCCAUCGACCAGCUAGACGACCUGAGUCUGCAGGAGGCAGGCCAUGGACUGUGGGGUGAGACCUGCGCCGAUGCGGUCCCCGACAUGCUGGCCCCGCUCAAGGCGGCUGCCGCUGGCCGCCGGGGGCCCGACUCGGGCCCUGAGCCCAUCCUGGCUUUCUACGGCAGCCGCCUGGCAGGGCGCCACAAGGCCCGCAAGCUGCCCAUCGGCUCCAAGUCUGACUCCGGCUUCAGCAACCUCAUCCAGCUGAGCCAGGCCUCACCGGAGGAUGACGGGCCCUGCCGGGGCAGCGGCUGGGAGGAGGGAGAGCGCUGCGGGGCCUCCGCCGAGCCGCCCACCAUCCUUCAGAGGGACGGCGAUGGGCCAGACAUCAAGGAUCUGACCAUGGAUGCUGAGAGGCCAGGCCCUGACCUCUUCGACCCCGGCAGCUGUCCUGGGGAAUGGCUGAGUGAGCCAGACUGGAUCCUGGAGGGCGUCAGGGGGCCUCGGGCUCAGGGGCUCCCGCCCCACCACACCCACCCACACGGUCCACCCCGGACCACCAGCUUUCUGCAGCACGUCGGCGGGCACCACUGAUGGUGACCCCACCACUGCCCAUUGCUGGGGGCUGUGCUAGCUGGGGUGUCAUCCCCUCCUCAGAGCUAGCCCCUGAACCCACAAAUUAUUCUUACAGAAAGACAGUUAUGCAGAAAUUCCCCAUUCCCCCCACCCCUGGCGCAUGCCUGCACACACACCCCGGACACAGAAGGGCCUUGGGGUCUGGCCCAUGGCCCCCUUGGCCAAAGACGCAGGGAGGGGGCUGCACUCUGCUGGCUCUGAGCACGCCCUCAGCCCCGCUAUCUCUGCCUAUUUCAAUAAAGAACCGUUCAGCAGCCCUGCCUCGGGCCUGUGCUCCCUGCCCGAGGCUUGGACUGGCGCUGGGGUGGGGUUCAGGCUGGUGCCAGGGCCUUGCUCUCCGGUGCUGCACCCCGUUGGCCACUGGCUCGGGCUGGAGGCUGGGCUGCUGUCACGCUGAGAGGGACAGGCUGUGCUUGGCACACUGACCCAUCCCCUAAAUAUGGUAAGUGCUUGGCACGCGAGAAUCCACCCUCAGAACAUUCUCAGUGUUGAGCAGGUGCCAACUGCCAAGGUCUCAUUGUUGACCUGUCCUCGCCACACGUCACAGGCUUGGCAGACACUCACCCGUGCUGGGGACAUGCUGUGUGUGAAUUCACUUGACAGGCACAUAUUCACGCACGGUGCACGCUCCAGUGUUCCGAAAUGCGAUUCUACCCUUGGGAGGUGGCGGUGUCUCGGCGUGUGCUCAUCUGGCUGAGGACAUGCUGACUGUGCAGCACACGCUACCCCAUGCUGGUCACAUGAGCUCAGUUCAUACGGGCCCAUGCAGUCACACGCUGCAUGCUCUGCACACACCGGCUCACGUGCAUUGCACACGGAGGGCUCAGCACACGCCAGCCCAUGACGGUCACCCACUGAGGGCUCAGCGCACCCCAGUCACAUGCUGUGUGCUCAGCACAGGCCAGAC